AUGAAGUUCAUUGAUCCAGACUCUCUUCCUUCUCUGCAGUAUCUCACAAAAGCUUAUCAAUCUUCUUCAACUCUCAAUCCAGCGUUUAUUGAUUGGGAACAACAAGAUCAGUUACUUUACACUUGGCUUCAUUCUUCAAUGACUAAAACCAUCCUGACAAGAAUUCAGCUCAAGAAUUUCAAGAAAGGCUCCUUGACAAUUCAUGAUUAUUUGCUUCGUCUCAAGACCAAACUUGGAUCAGUGGGUCAUCCAGUCACUUCGAAAGAACACAUUGUUGCCAUUUUCAAAGGUCUUCCUCCUGACUAUGAUCUCUUCAUCAUCUCCGUCAACUCUCGUUCUCAACCAUACACUGUGGCUGAGAUCGAAUCUUUGUUACUCGCCCAAGAAAGUCAACUUGAGAAGCACCAAAAUGAAUUGGAUUCAUCUGUUGUUGUUGCUAAUUUGACCUAUUCUUCUGGUUUUAAAAAACGAGGUGCCUUGUCCAGUAAUAAUCGGUCUACUACUGCCUCACUUUUUGUCAGACCCAGUUGGAACCCAUAUGCUACAUGUGUUAGACCACGCUUCAACAGUUCCCAAACCAUCAUGCAUGGUCCCUCUUCCGCUAUCAGCUCUUUUUCAGCACAAAGUAGUGGCCAGCCAAGUGGGUGUCCUACAUGCCAGCUAUGCCUACGUCCUGGUCAUGUAGCUUCCAAAUGUUACCAAUGUUUCAAUCAAGAGUUUCCAGGGUAUGGUGCUUCUCCUCUGGACAAGUCUGCUUCACAACACAUUGCCUUGAUUUCUUUGGAUGCCAUGUAA